UUUAUGGCAAUUGCAAUGGUAAAACACUAUUCCAUCAACAUUUACAAUCAUGCUCCUGGGCGUUUAGAGUUGUCAGAUUCAUUUGCUGCCCUCCUCUCCCUUUCCCUGUUCAUUUUGGUACUAAUGAUGGCACCUUUCUGCUUCGAAGGCACAUUAUACAUAAGACUAGGCACAUCAUUCAUAAGAUUAGGCCACAUCAACAUCUGAUAGCACAUUUGAGAACAAAUUCUGGGUCAUUAUCUCAACAGCAGGGCAUGCGAACAGUUGCUUUAGCUUCCGGGCAUGGCUUUGUUGGGCUCACACGUCUCUUAUCGGUUGGAGGCAGCCGAUUUGGUAGGAAAUCUUGGCGUUGAUGGAUCCCUUAACAGAUUUGUUGGGCAAUGAAGAGAGCGUUUGGUGAGAAACUCUACGGGGGCGUUUGGGUGUUUCUCAGAUCAAGAACAUUGUCAUGUAACCUCAUGUGAGGGUGGUGUCAGUUUGGUAGGAUACAAAAAUACUUAUUUUGUCUUCAUCCUAUCAUGAUAGAUCCAUUUGAGUAUAAUAACCCUCAUAAGCUAGUAUUAAGGUGGCCUAUAACCACAUUCUGUGAGUGUAGUGUCAAUAGCCCUGAGACCUCUGACCCUGAAGGAUUUUUGCCUCUGGGAUGCUGGGGCAGCUAACACUGUGGGCUAAAAUUGCCAACGAAGCGUCAUGUGGAUCACCAAGAUGGAUAGGGAGAAGCUUAUCUUGUGUGUGCAUCAAGCGAAAAGGGGCAUAUGAGAGAAUAUGCAUGAACCUCACACCAGUACAGGAAGAAAGGCUUCAGAGAUUAAAGCAUCGCAUGAAGGUUUACUUUGAUCCAUCUAGACGAGAUCACCAGGAAGCCCUGAAAGCUCUUUGGCAUGCGACAUACCCUGAUCAAGAACUUCAAGGUUUGAUAUCUGAACAGUGGAAGGACAUGGGUUGGCAAGGAAGAGAUCCAUCAACUGACUUUAGAGGCGCAGGAUUCAUAUCUCUGGAGAACCUUCUAUUCUUUGCCAAGACAUUCUCUGCCUCAUUUCAGAGGCUGCUAAAGAAACAGUGUGGUAACAGAGCCACAUGGGAGUACCCAUUUGCAGUUGCUGGUGUAAAUAUUACAUUCAUGAUCAUGCAGAUGCUUGAUCUCCAGUCAACAAAGCCAAGAACAUUUGUCCGAGCCAUUUUUAUUCAAAUGCUUUCAGAGGAUGAGUGGGCAUUCGAUCUGCUCUACUGCGUCGCAUUUGUUGUGAUGGACAAGCAGUGGCUUGAUAAGAAUGCCUCUUACAUGGACUUCAAUGAGGUACUGAAGUCAACGCGAACCCAGCUGGAGAGGGAGCUCAUGCUGGACGAUGUGAUGCGGAUUGAAGAUAUGCCAUCAUACAGCCUGCUUUGCUAGUGACCAAAAUACCAAAUGCGCAGGAGAAGAUAACUGAGUUUGUGGUUCAACUGUAUAGCACCUCCUUCCUCUUGAUUUCUGGGAAGAAUUUUUUAGCAACUAAGUAGAUUGAUGGUGCACUGGUGUCAUGCUGAAUUGGACCUCUGUAGAUAAGUCAUUAGUGUAUUACCAUGCAGAUGAAUUAGUAUUGCCAUCAUCCGGUGCCAAUGUUGGUAAUAUCCAUAUUGUUAGAAGUGCAGAAUUUGUUCUUGCA